AGUAACAUUUUCAUACAAAAAUGUUUACGGAAGUAGUUAAAGCAUCGUACUGGUUCCAAGAUGGUGAAUCCCAAGCCACCGGCAGCAGCGUAGUCCCACAGUCCUCAGCCAUGCUAAUCGAUUCAACUCUCUUCACUCACCUUUUCUGCGCCUUUGCCGAUCUUGACCCUCAGACCAACAGCGUCAUUGUCUCCGACGCGCAAGAACAAGAGUUCUCCAACUUCACUAACAUCGUCAAGCAGAAAAACCCUAACGUGCAGACACUCUUGUCGAUCGGCGGAAGAAACGCAGACACAUCUGCGUUUGCGUCCAUGGCAAGUAACCCCACCUCUCGUAAAUCAUUCAUUUGGUCUUCGAUCUCUUUGGCUAGAUAUUACAGAUUUCACGGCCUUGAUCUGGCCUGGGAGUACCCAAACAAUGAUGUGGAGAUGAGAAACUUUGGUAAACUACUUGAAGAAUGGCGAGACGCGGUUGAGGACGAUGCUGAACGCACCGAAAGAAUGCCGUUGCUGUUGACGGCUGCGGUUUACUACUCUUCGGAUUACAAUUCAGUUUCCUACCCGAUUCAAGAGAUUAAAGAAUACUUAGAUUGGGUCAAUCUUAUUGCUUAUGAUUUCUACGGUUCAACCACUAACAUCAGUCCACCUGCCGCUCUGUUUGAUCCUUCAAACCCAAAAGGUCCAUGCGGCGAUUCUGGUUUGAAAGAGUGGAUCAAGGCCGGACUUCCGGAGAAACAAGCAGUAUUGGGAUUAUCAUACGUUGGUUGGAACUGGAGUCUCGAAGGAGGUCAUGAUGCGGCCACCACCCAAGUAGCGACAUCAGCUGAUGGUACUAUAAACUAUGAUCAGAUUAGGAAGUUUAUAGUUGAUAACGGAGCAACAACGGUUUAUAACUCGUCCGUGGUUGGAGAUUAUUGUUACUCUGGAACAACUUGGAUUGGUUAUGACGAUUAUGAGAGUAUUGUGACAAAAGUUAGAUACGCUAAGCAGAAAGGUUUGCUUGGUUACUUCUCAUGGCAUCUUGGAGCUGACGAUAACUCUGGUCUGUCUCGUGCAGCAUCGGAAGCAUGGGAGGAACGAUCAUCGAUGCUAAAAACUAAAGAGACAACCAUCGGAGAACAGCGAAAAAGGAAGUAGAAACAAAUAAAUGAAAGAAUAGACCAUGUUUGGAUUAUGUUAUUGUAAUAAAAAAAAUUAAACACUUCUGUUUAUCUAGCUUUUUGUUCUCACGCUGGCUUCUAUCAUUG